AGGGGCGGGUCCGUAGUACCAGCGGUCGUGUUUUAAAAGUGAAGCUGAAAGUGAGGAGCGAGAGCAAGUCAGUGCUGUCUGUCGGCUAGGUGCUUACCGCGUUUACCAAACACCGUCAGCAGACUUUAAGCAUGAUUCGGCGGUCCAGAAGCAGUCUGUACAGCAGUGAGGAUGACGAGGAGGAGACUGAGAUGUAUGAACAUGAUUAUGAUGGAUCACUGCCCAAGCCUGGGAAACGCCAGCUCGGCAAGACACGCUGGACACGAGAAGAGGAUGAGAAGUUGAAGAAACUUGUUGAACAUCAUGGAGCAGAAGACUGGAAAGUAAUUGCAAGCCUAUUAACUAACCGUACAGAUGUGCAGUGCCAACACAGGUGGCAGAAGGUUCUCAACCCAGAACUCAUUAAAGGACCGUGGACCAAAGAGGAGGACCAAAGGGUGAUCGAGCUGGUCCAGAAAUACGGCGCCAAACGCUGGUCAGUGAUCGCCAAGCACCUGAAGGGGCGAAUUGGCAAGCAGUGCCGCGAGCGCUGGCACAACCACCUGAACCCAGAGGUUAAGAAGACUUCCUGGACGGAGGAGGAGGACAGAAUAAUCUACCAGGCGCACGAGAAGCUGGGCAAUCGCUGGGCAGAAAUCGCUAAGCUGCUCCCUGGCAGGACCGACAACGCUAUAAAGAACCACUGGAACUCCACCAUGAGGAGAAAGGUGGAACAGGAGGGCUACCUCCAGAACACAGCCAAGAACAGCAGCCCCUCGCUCCCCGCCAGCCGCACUUACGUGAAGACCAACAAUCAGAUCAUGUGCUUUCCCCAACAGCCCGGUCACACGCAGUUGACUUCCAAUUUGCCGAUCAGCUACGCCACCUACCUGUCUGACGCACGUAGAGGGCACUCCACCCUCGCAUUCAAUAUGAACAUACUCAACAUUCCCCAAGUCCAGAGACACUAUAACGAGGAGGACCCUGAGAAGGAGAAGAGGGUGAAAGAGAUCGAAAUGCUGCUCAUGUCAACAGAAAAUGAACUGAGGGGCCAGCCGUCACUACCGAUUUGUUCGUUCUAUCAAAACUGGACCAACCAGAGCUCCAUGUCCAACAGCUCAGAAGGUGCUGCUCUGCCUUUACCUCAUCACCAGGCAGCCGGCCAGGAACUGCCUCUUGACCAGAGCAGCUCAGCUGAGGACAGCGCCCCCACAACACCCGUCGAAGGCAUUAACGGCAACAACAACAACAACAACAACAACAGUCCCCACAGCAGUCCUGCGUUCUCAAAUCCAAUGCCUGGGCUUAUGGAAUCCAUGAUUGACUCAUUCCUCAACCAGCCAGUGAGCCCAGAACACUCAGACAACCUACCCUUUAACUCGACCGUGCCUGCAAGCCUCCUAAACGAUAAUGAAUUGCUCAUGACUCCCAAUAUGUGUGAGUCGAUUCUGGAGUCAACCCCACGUACACCCACACCUUUGAGAUCAGCCUCGACCCAUCAGGAGAUCAAAUAUGGCCCCGUUAAACUAAUGAACACCACUUUGGGGCAGCAGAUGGUUGGGUCCAUCAAGCAGGAGCCAGUGGAAGAUGCCAUUAAGCAGCCUCCAUUUAAGAAGAUAAAGCAAGAGGUCGAGUUCCCAUGCAAGAGGAGCCACUGCAUGCAGUGGGCAGGGCAAGAACUUAACAGGCAGCUCUUUUCCCCCAGUCGCCCAGCUCAGGAAGUAUCGGACCUACUUACCAGCUCACUCUUGAACGAAGACGGACACAAAAUCUACCAGCUCCCUCACAGAAGCCUGAAUAACCCACUACAGCAGCAACAGCUGGGUUCCUGGGAUCUGUUGACCUCCGGGAAAACAGAGGAGCACAUACUGGCCUCGGAACACAAGUUCUUGAGUGCUUUCCCUUCAAGGACACUGAUGAUAUAGACUGAGAUAAAUGCUGAUCCAAACACAUCAACUUUUCCUGCACUGGAGUUAAAAAAAAGAGAGAAAAAAAAGCCCUUAGCUCAACCAGGCUAAGGUGUUUAGCCCCCCAGCUGAAGCAGUAGAAAAUGGUUGGAGCAAUGGAUGGAUCAAGCAGAUGUUUACUUGUUUACUUCUGGAGCAGAACACAGGCGUUUACGACAUCACUGGGUUCAAAACUCAAAGAGUUUUCGCUCUCACCUACACUUCUGGAACAGACGGGCGGAUACAGCAUCGCAGGGUUACAUAUUUGCGGUGGUACAGUCAUUGGGAGAGGCUAUAUGCCACUGAUUUUUUCACACUUACAUUUGUUGGAUUUGUACCAACCAAAGACUUUUUUUAAGGGGGGAGGGGGGGUGACUUUUUUAAAGUUUUUAAAUUUUUUAAAUUUUCUUUGGUUUUAUUGUAUUACAAACGGGGAAAUGGUGACCAUGUAUGCCUUAGGCUGUAUUAUUAAUUACACAUGUUGAUAGUAAUAUAAAGAACAAGCUCAUUAAUUUAUUGAUUUUUUUUUUUUUUUUACAUUAUGACUUUGUUGCUGUUGUUUUACAAUUGGCCAAUGGAGCAGUGUUGUAUUUCAGAGUAUUUAAGCCCUUUUAGCAUUAUCGUACAUCCAAAGUCAUAAUGAUGAUUUUCUAACUGACCUCUGUAUUUCACACAUGAAACUGUUUUUAUUUUUGUUUUUUUUGUUUUUUACCUUUUUUUUUUUUUUUUUUUACUUUUUUUUGUCCUUUUUUUAAUUAUUAAGGGGUUUUUAAUGGGUCUACUGAGAAUUUCAAGUGUUUGGUCUUUGCCACCUCAUGUAAACACUCCACUGCUGAACAAGGACUGCUCGGUCUGUUCUCGCAUCACUAUGCAACUACAAUUUUUAUACUUUUUUUAUACAACAGAAAGGGGCCAGCCUUUUUAGUAUUACCUGACAACCACAUCGGCGCCUUUAUUUCAUAGGAAUUGAGUUUUCAUUUCAAGUUCUUUUGAUUUAUUUCUGGCCUUUACAGUAUCCCCCCCAACCGGGAAAAGAUUCAAUGAACAAGCAAUUGUUAGAAUUUAGAUACAUAUAUAUAUAUAUAUAUCUACAGAAAGAGAGAGAAUUUAUUUAUACAUUUGAAAGUCCGAAAUGCAUUUAUAUUUGAAACCUGAGCUUCACCCAGUAAGAGUAAGACCAAGCUGCACUUGAAUUUUAUAUUCUCCUUAAAACUGUGAGAGUAGCAAACACUGAUAUUAAUGCUACAGCCAAAAUCCCAUUUUUUUAAAAAGAGAAAGAAAGAAAAACAUUUCUCCUGAUGGAUUUACACUGUUGUAAAAGUACACUCAACAAGCAUUUUGUGUUCUUUAACGAAACUGCAGUAACUCGUGUCAAACACUUAGCACACUUUUUGUAAAAGCAUUUACACAUGCCAAGUUUUUAUACUUCUACUUUUGACUGCCUACUCAAUAAAGUGUGCUGUUUUUAUAACAA